AUGAACACUACUACCGGCGGAAGGCUUUUCCAAGCCAACGGCGACAUAUGGUAUUCGCCGAACUGCCAGAUCCCCAUUGAAGAGUUGCCCCCUCCUGCGAGGGAGCACUCCAUGGAUCGCAACCCGUUCAAGCCCACCUCUCGCCUUUCCCACUUCCACUCUCCUCGUUGGUGGACACGCGCUUACGGAUGGACGUCAUUUAUACCCAUCGUUCCUGACACCUACUCGACCGCCCUUCAAUCGCCUAUCCCUCGCACGCUCUCCUGA